AUGGGUGUUGAGAAGCAAAUCAUAAGAGCUGGAACCGGUCCCAACCCUAGCCGCGGCCAGAACGUCACCGUUCACUGCACCGGUUACGGUAAAAACGGUGACCUUUCUCAGAAGUUCUGGAGCACGAAGGAUCCUGGCCAGAAUCCAUUCACUUUCAAAAUCGGCCAAGGUUCUGUCAUCAAAGGAUGGGAUGAAGGUGUCCUUGGCAUGCAACUCGGCGAAGUUGCUCGUCUUCGGUGCUCUCCUGAUUAUGCCUAUGGUGCUGGUGGUUUUCCUGCCUGGGGAAUACAGCCCAACUCUGUCUUGGAGUUUGAGAUCGAGGUCUUAAGGGCACAAUGA